ACUGCACCUUUCUGAGGUCACACUUUUCCGCCAUUUUUUUUACCGACUUGAAACUUUUUUCGCGAGACUGGAGAACAUAGUUUGUGCACGCGUAGAAUAUGUAAAUAGAUUAGAAUUCGCACGAUCGGACGACUGAGAGCCUAGGCAAGUGCACAAAUAGCGAGCGGUUGGUCAGCGGAGCGAGGCCCCCGGAAAAGCGAGGAGCAGCACGCCGGUUUCUGCUCCGGCUUGCGCUGAAGACACUGUACGAGGCGCGCGUGAGUGCGAGUGAGACGGAACGAGUGCCGAGGGCGACUGUGUGCGUGCGAAAGUUGGAAAAGCGGCGGAAAAUCGGUGGUUGCGCCUAGGAGGAGCUCCUUUCCCGGCUCAGCAUGGGCGACGUGGUCUUGGACCUGUACGCGGAGGACCUGGACAAGGACUUUGCCGGGCAGGCUCAGGACGAAUUUGGAGGCGAUGGAGUGGACCUUUACGAUGACAUAGGCGGUCCCACCGAGGCGGCGGCUUCCGGUGGCGGGGGCGGCGGAACGCCCUCUGCAGACGGAGCCGCUGGGCCGGGCUCCGGGGAGUCCGGAGAACGAAUUUCUGGGGGUCCCAAUGGGGUAUACCAUCAGAGCGGUGGUAGCCUCACUCCGACCAUGAACCGGCGCUACCAGCUGUACGUGGGCAAUCUCACUUGGUGGACCACCGACCAGGAUAUCGCCAACUCGCUGCGAGACAUCGGCGUGAAUGACCUGCAGGAGGUGAAGUUCUUUGAGAACCGGGCCAACGGCCAGUCGAAGGGCUUCAGCGUCAUCUCGCUGGGAUCGGAGUCCAGUCUACGCGCCGUGCUCGACCAGCUGCCCAAGAAGGAGAUGCACGGCCAGGCGCCGGUGGUCACGUACCCCAGCAAGCAGGCGCUCACCCAGUUUGAGAGUCUGCAGAAGACGCGUCCGGUGCCGCCGCCGCAGCAGAAUGGACCGCCAAGGGGGCCGGCACCGCCCAGCAUGGGCGGCGGACCUAUGCCCUCUGGACAUCCGGGUGGACCGCAGGGAGGCGGGCCGCCUGGGCAUCCGCCACGUGGGAUGAACUCCAUCAUGCAGCCGGGCCAGUACCGGCCGCAGCACAUGUCGCAGGUGCCCCAGGUGGGCGGACCCAACUCCGGACCUCCGCGCAUGCAGCCGCCAAUGCAUCCGCAAGGCGGGCUCAUGGGCAACCAACAGCCGCCACCCCGGUAUCCGUCAGCGCAGGGCCAAUGGCCAGGUCAGCGGCCAGGCGGACCACGACCAGGUCCACCGAACGGACCGCCGCAGCGACCAAUGUUCCAAGGAGGACCCAUGAGCAUGCCCGUUAGGGGUCCGCCGGGUCCCGACUGGCGUCGUCCGCCCAUGCACGGAGGUUUCCCGCCGCAGGGACCGCCCCGAGGCCUUCCGCCAGCGCCUGGUCCGGGCGGACCACACGGCGCCCCCGCACCCCACGUGAAUCCGGCGUUCUUCAACCAACCCGGCGGCCCUGCCCAACAUCCGGGCAUGGGCGGUCCGCCGCACGGAGCCCCCGGUCCGCAGCCCGGCAUGAACAUGCCACCGCAGCAGGGCAUGAACAUGCCGCCGCAGCACGGACCGCCGCCCCAGUUCGCCCAGCAUGGACCACGCGGUCCAUGGCCGCCACCGCAGGGUAAGCCACCGGGUCCCUUCCCUGAUCCUCAGCAGAUGGGACCGCAACUCACGGAGGUGGAGUUCGAGGAGGUGAUGAGCAGAAAUCGCACAGUCAGCAGUUCGGCGAUCGCCAGAGCUGUUUCUGAUGCGGCCGCUGGUGAAUAUUCGAGCGCCAUCGAGACGCUGGUCACGGCCAUUUCACUGAUCAAACAGUCCAAGGUAGCGCACGACGAGCGCUGCAAAAUCCUGAUCAGCUCGCUGCAGGACACGUUGCAUGGCAUUGAGGCGAAGAGCUACAACAGGCGCGAGCGGUCGCGCUCCAGGGAGCGAUCCCAUCGCAGUCGGCAGAGGCGCGAGCGUUCAACGUCCAGGUAUCGCGAGCGUUCUCGGGAGCGGGAACGCGAUCGGGAUCGCGAGCGCGAGCGGGAUGGCGGCAGCUACCGGGAGCGGUCACGCAGCAGAGAACGGGAACGUCAGGCUCCAGAUCACUACAGGGAUGACAGCCGAUCGGUGCGUCCGCGAAAGUCGCCGGAGCCCGUAGUCGCCGAAGCUGCUGAGGCACCUUCUUCGAAGCGGUACUACGAGGACCGGGAAAGGUAUCGAUCAUCGGACAGGGAGCGCCGCGACCGGGAUCGGGACCGUGACCGUGAGCGGGAGCGCGAUCGUGACAGGCGCGAGGAGCACCGUUCCCGGCAUUGAUUGCCGCAAGUGGAGGAUUGGAGCAGCGCCAGCGGAUCAGUAAUCAAGAGUAAAGAUGCAACGCAGAUAUACUAAACACACUCUAUUAACAAACAAUAAGCCGCAGCUUGGUGGGAUGACAAGCCAGCCACAAUUAACAGAUUUUCGAUUUGUAUCUAACAUUACCAAUACGUAGGAUAUGAAUAUGGCAUACAGCAUAGUUCUCCUAGACAUACUAUAAUAAGCCGAAAUGCUGACAAGAUUUUACCAACGACGGACGGGGACUGUCUCCGGACCUCUACAACUCCACAACCCAGCGCUUUUGGCAGCAGUGAAACCGACCGCAGAGUUAGCAGCAGCAGGAGGAUCGAUGGGACAGUCGGCGCGGGACAUUUUAGACACUGAUGGGCACUGGAUCAUCAAACAAGAAACCACUAGCAAUCCUGCACCGCCGUCUUCGCAGCAGAAUUUCAAUAUUAUUGUACUCUAAUAUUUCGGUUUAUUUAAUAAAACAUAAACGUAUGAAAAAAGAA